CGCUCUGCUUCUUUCAAUGAGCCACAAUGGAGACUAAAUAGGAACUCGUACGGACUCAAGCUUUUAAUUUAUUCAUUAUAUGAAGUUAGAUUGUGCUCAUAGCAUCGUCAAUCUGUGUUUCAUAUAUUGACACGUAACUAUAUUGAGGAAAAACAAGUUACGGAAAGAUCCUGCCGUUUGCCUACAAGUGUUUUUGAAUAAGGAAAUCGUCUCGGGCUAACGUUAUGUAGCAAGCUAAUCUUAUUUAUCCAUUUCGUUAAUUUAACUAUCUUUUAACUUGCUGUGAUAAACUCCACUUAAGGCAUGACUGAGUACAAACUUGUGGUGGUCGGGGCAGGAGGUGUUGGGAAAAGUGCUCUCACCAUCCAGCUCAUCCAGAACCACUUCGUAGAUGAAUAUGAUCCAACCAUUGAGGACUCGUACAGAAAACAGGUGGUGAUCGAUGGAGAGACUUGUCUGCUGGACAUCCUGGACACUGCAGGUCAGGAGGAGUACAGCGCCAUGAGGGACCAGUACAUGAGGACAGGAGAGGGCUUUCUCUGUGUGUUUGCCAUCAACAACACCAAGUCCUUCGAGGACGUUCACCUCUACAGAGAGCAGAUCAACAGGGUGAAGGACAGCGACAGCGUUCCCAUGGUGCUGGUGGGGAAUAAGAGCGACCUGGGAACCCGCACAGUGGAGUCCCGGCAGGCGCAGGAACUCGGACGAAGCUACGGUGUACCAUUUGUCGAGACCUCUGCCAAAACCCGACAGGGUGUGGAGGAAGCUUUCUAUUCACUAGUACGGGAGAUCAGAAAAUAUAAGGAGACCAACCGCAGCAACAAGAAGAGCAAGAAGAACACGCAGAGACGUUGCACUAUACUAUAGCAAAACACACACACACAUAUUAGCACAUCCUUUAUCGCACUUGUUUCAUGCUUGCCCUCACCCACUGCACGUCCUCUGUCACGUUUGAUGGAGAUAGCAAAUCUCCAGACAGGAUUGCAGAUGGGCAAAAUCCAUUUUCACUGCUGUCUAAGUUUCCAUUCACAGUAUGGCACCACAGCGCUGUAAAUCCAGUAUUCAUUUUGUUUUCGUUUGGUGAUUGAACUAGAAACUGCAGUUUUAGUUGAGGUUGGAAAACUUAAUUGGAGUCUGUGAUUUAAAAAAGGUUGAAUUUGUCUGUAAAGAUAUUUCUCUUUUACUUGUGAUUUUUGUCCACCCUGUGUUUUUACAGCUCCUGUUGACGACACAGGGGUCAGCUGGGCAGAGAGUACUUUGCACACUCAGUCCAAAUCUCCAAUAUUGUUCUAGGAAUCGUAGGGUGGUUUUGUGAUUACACACAUCAGUUUUCAUGAAAUCCUACAAACUACAUGAUAUUGACCAAGAUAAUGUUUACUGUGAAAGGGAUUAGGGUUAUUUGCUUCUAGAUGAUUGGUCAGAACUUUUGUUUGUUGUCUUCCCCUUCAGGUUGUUAGGUUAGAGCGUCCUCUAGGCCUUGAUAAACAUCAGCAGUAUUUUUUUCUCACCAUAUAUCCCAUGAAAAUGCUCUAUCAGGAUAGGAUCACCAAAUUAACAAACCCUCAAAAUUGUGUUCCAGUCUCCUCGGUGCACUUUAUUCAUUUUCUUAUUUUAGAAUCUAGGUCAAAAGUUAACUCAGGAAUAUGGUGUUUUUGUAGGAAUAACAGACUGAAAGCUGUGUCAAAUGCUUGGUUGAGAUGUGUGUUUCCAUCGUUAGCUUACUGUUUGAAGUGUCAGCCCUGCUGUUUGUUCCACACUGUAUUCCAAAGUCCACUUUUGACGCACAUUUCGUCAGUCACGGUGUGUCAGGUGGUUUAUGUUGUACUACAUGCAACAAUUUAAAACACACUGGUGAUGAAGCCGGUGUUUACCUUGGUUACUGCUCACACACGUCAUGUUAACUAAUCAUGCUUUAUGACAAGUGAAAAUACGUUGAGGAGCAUUUGGAUAUCACUCACCCUGAGUUGUUGGUCUGAACACACUAGACAGAAUGGCGCUUUAACCCUUUAGGUACUGAUUUCUCCUUAAAACAGCAGUACAGUAAACCCAUUCAUGUGACAGGAGUAGGUGUGUGUUCACAGUAUUGGGCCUUCAGAUAUUUCAUUCAUCAUAAGGAUAAUAAAUAAGGCAUUUUUUUUGCAUAGCCGUGUUUGUCCUCUUUUGUAUUAACUGUCACCUAAAUGAAAUAGAUUAGUAAACUUCUAUUUUUGUAGCAUUAAACAAACAGCAUUCCCCGAUUAAAAAGAACAUCUGCAUCAACUGCUGACCACUUUUUCAUCAAGUAUUAUGCGCUAACUUCAGUUGCUUCCUGCUAGCUGAAGUAAAUUCAUCCAUGAAGGGUCACUAGCCGUGCUGUUUAACCAGCAGCGCCUUCACGCCCGUCUCAUUAUCUGGACCUUCAUUGACAGCUGUUUGAAUCUUUUAUGAACUCUGCUGUAACGAACAAGUAAAUAUCUUCAGCUUUUA